UAACCUGUGGUAAAGGACGGUCCGUUCACCAACCCUCUACCACUAUUCACAGAAUGGAUCGUAUUGCUGACAAAAAGAACAUUGUAAAGAAGGUUGUUAACAAGGAAAACUCUUCCAUCUUCAUCAGCCUUGGCGUUUUUAUUGCUUCCGUCGCCAUUAUCAAGUCCCGUGUUGGUAAUUUCCUUGUUCCUCAGCUUUGAAAUGCUUGCUGUAGUUUUCUUUUGCCAACAGGUACUUAACUUUGUCUUCAGGAAGACAUCAGUCUUUCGGAAAGAAGUCGGUAUUAAAUACGUCUGAAUUAAAAGAUGAAAUAAAUUUUUGAUUUAUAAAACUAAGAUCUAUUAUUUUUACGCUUUGCGUGUCUGCGUCGAUGAAAAUUUAACUAACUGUCUCUCAUAAAAAGAUAGUAUA